UGGAUCUCCUAUAUGAUUCCAUUAUAUAUACACUAGAGUAGUUACCUUACCUAAUUGAAAGCGCAUCACAUUCACAAUCAAAUUGAUUCUCAAGAAUUAUAAUUAAUGGCUUCGCAGCUGCCGUCAUAUUAUCCAUUCAACGAAUUUACGCCGCCGCCGUCGUAUCCGCCAUUGGCCGCCGGCUCUCUCUGGGUCGAAGACUAUCCGCCUUAUGAUCAAUCGUCCGAGUUAGACGGCGGCGGCGGCGGCAAUUAUAAUCCCGGGUUCAAGUUCCGGCCGACCGACGAGGAGCUGAUCAUCCACUACCUUCAGCCGGAGUUUCUUAAUGCCUCUCUGCCGCAGACAAGGAUCAUCAAUCAUGCAGAUAUCUACGACUACGAGCCACACCAGCUUUCUGGUUUGGUUAACGAAGAUCAUGGAGAUGGGAAGAUGUAUUUCUAUACUUGGAUAAAGAAGAUUGGAAAAUCCAAGACAGAUCGAAGCAUAAAAUCGAAGAAGGGGAAUUGGAAGCCAACUCAGGCCCCCAAAGAAAUCAAGGGUAGUAGAAGUGGAAGUAUCAUUGGCUACAAAACAUCUUUUAAGUAUUAUGAAGGCAAACAGAAAACCCAAUGGCUGAUGCAAGAAUACAAGCUCAACACUUCACACCAUUCUUCUCGACAACUUGUGCUCGCAGUAGUCUACUUUCAUCGCCAGAAAAGCAGAGACGACAACGACGGUGACUGCUGAUUUCAAGCACCACUUUAAUCUGUUGAUUUUGGCUUUUGAUAUGAUGGCUUGCGGAGUGGUGCUGACCUAGUUAGGAUUCAAACAAUACUUUUAUUUAUAUAUGUAUAUAUUCAAGCAAAUCACUACGAAUGUAAAUUAGCUCAUGUUUGCCAUUACUCUGAAAUGGUAUAGUAUACAUGAGUGGAUCAGAAUACAAAUUACAGGAACCAAAAUUUAUAGAUACAAAACAACAUUUUUCAAAUAAUUUGCCAGUAUUAACAAAAUAAUGAAAAAAUUAACACC